AUAAAAUGGGUAACAGCGCUGGUAAACUAGAUCAAGCUGAUCUAGAGAUAUAUCAACUUCUCACAUACUUUAAUAAGGCCGAGAUAAUAGAUUGCGCUGACAAGUUUUUUGAGAUGAUUGAAUCUAACCCUGAAACCUCCAAUGUUGCUGCGGCAGUGAAAGAGCGCAGGUUGAAGUUGCAACAAGUGAAGAUGCCCUUUAGUGUGAUUGAGAAUAAGAUUUCUGCUCUCCACGUGAAUCCAUUUGGUACGAGACUCUUACAGGUCUUCUCAGGAGGACAAACACUUCAGAAUGGCGAGAGUUGUAUUUUGUUUGAAGAUUUCCUGAACAUGAUGUCAAUAAUGGGACCUUCGGCGCCAUUAGAGGUGAAGGCAAAGUGGGCGUUUAAGGUUUAUGACUUCAAUAACGACGAGAAGAUUUGCAGCAAGGAUAUCCUAGAGGUUGUUAAAAGAUUGACAAAACCCAAUGAGAACAGUGCGAUAGAACUGAAACCUGAAGAAUUGGCCGAGGUUGUGAAGAAUGUUCUAGAGGAAACUGAUUUGAACAACAAUGGGUUUAUCACGAGUACUGAGUUCCAGCAAGUGGCGACCAAAUCACCAGAAUUUCAGCACUCAUUUAAACUAUCAAUCUAAUAUUCUGAUUAUUACAAUAAUUAUUUGACAUUUGAUUAUAUUUAUAUUUACUAGAAAUUCAAGGCGCUUCGCGCCCUUCUUUCUAGCCUUAGAGGGCGCUUCGCG